ACCAGUGCGCCCGGAAGAUGGCGGCGUCCACGAGUGCGGAGUCGCGGGGCCCAGGCGGCUGCCGGCGACGCGUGGGUCGCGGGAAGCGUCCGGGCAGGCGCGGGCCUGGGGGCGACGGGGCCGGAACCCUGAAGCGGCUAAAGGUAGCAGUGGAGGAGUUCGUGCAGGCGGCCUCCGAGGGCCAGCCCCCAGGCGGCCGCGAGGGGCCCCGGGCGGAGCGGAGUGCGCCGCCGGGCGGCAAGAAGAAGCGCAAGGAGCUGAGAAAAGAAAAGCGACGACUGAAGAAGGCGCGCCGGCUGCAGAGGACUGGUGGCCCCGCGCAGGGUCCGGGCGGCGGGGCCGGGACUGCGAGCGGGCACCAGGUGGAGGGCGCUAAGGGGCAGGGCGGCCUGCCGUCCCCGCCGCGUCGGGCCCCACGGCAGCCACAGGCCCCGCCGCCUCUCCCGGCCCCAGCGAAGAUAAAGACCGCCAAGGUAAAGACCGCCCCGGCCAAGGCCAAGGCCGCUUCAGCCAGGGCCGCCCCCGGGGACACCCGGCCCUCGGCCGCCGCCAACGCCGCCCGGAAACGGGCGCUCCUUGCGGCCAACGAAGAGGAGGACCGAGAGAUCCGGAAACUGGAGCGCUGUCUGGGCUUAAACAAGCGCAGGAGGAAGGAUGACUCCAGCUCUGUGCCUCUCAGCUUCGCCCGCGACGGGCUCGACUACAUUUUGGGAGCCCUGGGGUCCGGGGACGGCAGUGGCUUGUAUGACAGCAGCAGUGAGGAGGAGGGGGACCCCGGACAGACUUCCCGCGAGAGCAAGGGAGAGAGUGUUGCCGGGAGCGAGAGCGACACCAGGGAUGGGAGCGACCAGGAGAGCAUCUCCGGGGAUGAGAGCGACAACGACAGCGACUCCGGGGACUGGAGUGGGGAACAAGAGGACGAGCAGGAGCAGGAGGAGGACGUACAGAAGGAAAAGCGAAAAAAAGUAGAAGGGAGCGCGAAGGGGAAAUGCGGGACGAAGACGGUCCGCUUUGCGGAGGAUGAAGUCAGGCAUGAAAAUCCCCCGGAGGAUGUUGACACGGCACAGCAGCAGCAUCGUAGUAACAAUGGUGAGAAGUACAUCCCCCCGCACGUGCGGAGGGCAGAGGAGGUCGUGGACGCCCAGAAAAGGGAGGAGAGACAGAGGCUCCAGAAGCAGGUGCAAGGCUUGAUCAACAGGCUGAGUGAGCCCAACCUGCCCUCCAUCAGUGGGCAGCUGGAGGAGCUGUACAUGGGCCACAGCCGGAAGGACAUGAGCGACACACUGACCGGGGUCAUCCUGAGCGCCUGUGCCCCAGACUGGCCUGCACCCAGCCGGCUGGUGAUGGAGCACGUCCUCCUGGUCAGCGUCCUGCACUGCACAGUGGGCAUCGAGGUCGGAGCUCACUUCCUGGAGGCCGUGGUGCGGAGGUUCGACGGCGCGUACAGAGCAGGCUGCAAGGGCAGGGAGUGCGACAACCUGCUCACCAUCGUCGCCCACCUGUAUGGCUUCCGCGUGGUGCAGUCUCUGCUCGUCCUCGACCUGCUGAGGAGGCUCGUCGGGACUUUCACGGAGAGAGACGUCGAGCUGGUCCUGCUGCUGCUGAGAAACGUGGGCUUCGCACUGAGGAAAGACGACGCCCUGGCCCUCAAGGAGCUGAUCGCGGAGGCCCAGGCCAAAGCCCGCGAGGCGGGCAGCAGGUUCCAGGACCAGACCCGGGUGCGGUUUAUGCUGGAGACGAUGCUGGCACUGAGGAACAACGACAUGCGGAAGAUCCCGGGCUACGACCCCGAGCCUGCGGAGCGGCUGAGGAAGCUGCAGAGGACCUUGGUGCGUGGUGCUGCCUCGGGCACAGAAACACAGCUGCGAGUGUCCUGGGACAACGUCCUGAACGCCCAGCAGACCGGACGCUGGUGGAUCGUGGGGUCCGCCUGGAGCGGGACCCCAAUGAUCGACAGCAGUCAGCAGAAGGCCCUGCAGAAGCCGCUGGCUGGCACGGUCAGUGCCAAGAUGCUGGAGCUCGCCCGAAAGCAGAGGAUGAACACUGAUGUCAGGAGAAACAUCUUCUGUACGAUUAUGACCAGUGAAGACUUCUUGGAUGCAUUCGAAAAGCUUCUAAAGCUUGGACUCAAGGACCAGCAGGAAAGGGAGGUGGUGCACGUGCUGGUGGACUGCUGCCUGCAGGAGAAGAGCUACAACCCUUUCUACGCCUUCCUGGCCGGCAAGCUCUGCGGCUACGAGAGGAGGUUCCAGAUGACUUUUCAGUUCAGCAUAUGGGACAAAUUUCGGGACUUGGAGAAUUUGCCAGCCACUAAUUUCUCCAAUCUGGUUCAUCUGGUGGCCCACUUGUUGAAGACAAAAUCACUUCCCCUUUCCAUCCUCAAGGUGGUCGAGUUCAGUGAACUAGACAAACCCAGAGUCCACUUUUUACGGAGAGUGUUGUACAUGCUGUUGAUGGAAACAGAAGUUGAAGACCUGGGUGUGAUCUUUGCCAGGGUGUCCGACAACCCGAAGCUGGGUGUGCUGCGCGAAGGCCUGAAGCUCUUCAUCAGCCACUUCCUGCUGAAGGGCACACAGGUGCCCCGCAGUGCCGAGGAGGCCGGCACACUGCGGGAAAGAGCGGAGCUCACCACCCGGGCCCUGCAGGGCAGGACUGCACUGAGGAUGUAGGGCGCUUGGGCGCCUGCGUGCGGCCCAGCUGACUGGAGGAGCGCGGAGAGCCACGGCCUGGCCUGCUGCACCUCAGAUGCUGUAUUCUGGGUAUUUUUUGAUCCAAGGCUCUGCGUGUGUUGUAGACACUUGUGUGCAUGUGGGAGGCGCGGGCCGACACUGGACAGGGCUCUGUGACCAGACAGGUGGAGUGCGGUGUGUGCACAUGUGUGCCUCUCCUGUGUGCGUGUACAGACGAGGCGGGCCACUAGGGGCAAUUACAAAGAUGUGGGCUCGGUUUUCACCUCGCCUGUCAGUGCAGAGUUCAGAAUCCGUCAGUGACACGUGGCGCCUGCUUCUCGGUUGAUUUUCAGGUACUGGGGACGCUCACGUCCGGGACUGUCAGCGGCAGCCAGGCUCGGUGCUUUGCGUGUGCAGGCCAUGUGACUUGGUGAGGCGCGUCCCUCCUGUGUGUGUGGGCUGCUCACACCCACCUAGUGGCCCUGGGCUGUUGAGCACUGCCCUAAACCCCUUUGCAGGGCUUCCAGGGGCUGGUGCUGGGCUGCGGCUGGGGAGCAGCGUCCGGGGUUCAGAGGACAUGUGCCCAGUGAGGCGCGUGCCGCCUGUUGACAGCAGACUUAGCCUGUGGUGCACCUGCCACCACCAAGACAAGUGUCAUAGUUUUCAGCCCUCAAGAGUGUGCGUCCCUCCCAGGUACUGUAGGCCUGAUGUAAACGUCACCUUCCGUGGGUGCAGAAAGUUGCCGCGUGUGCCACACGCACACAAACCCCACAGCGUUCUGCCCUCCACUGGAGCCUCGUGGGCAGCUGCCCCGCCUGAGGGAGCGCCCCAGUCGGGCCCCCUCCACACACACUUACACACAGCACCAAUGCGACCCUGCGGCAGCUUGGGGCCGGAACCUGAUGUGUGUCCCAAGGUCUGUGGGCGCCUGAGCUGGUGGGCCAGUCUGACCGUGCGGGAGACUUGGGGAACCUGGAGCCGGGCCCCCAUGGGCUCUGGGCUUGGACGGUGAGAGGGCCGAGGGGUCAAGUGCGCCCGAGUCUCCACCUCCUCCCUGGGUUUUCACAAGGAGCCUCUGCUGGCUGGUGACUGGGUGUGAGGACCGCGCCACCUGAGGGGCCAGGGCCAGGAUGUCCCUCCCCCUGCUCCCUUUGUGGAGAAGAAAGGCUGUCACCCCUGCACAAGCUCCUGUGUUCUUACAGGUGACUUGUGGGUGACUGUUCACACUGACAGAGAUGUAGGACCCAGAACUCAGCCAGGUGGCUCUGUGACUUGCCUGUGCCUGUAAAUGAAGAGGCCGGGGCAGGGGGGCAUCUGGGAAGCUUCCAAGGACCAGGCACCCUCGUCCAGGUCAGGAUCCGGCUCCAUGGAGCCUGCGGAGGUUGGGAUUGGGCCUGAGGACCCUGGUGGAGAGGGGAGGGUGAGGAAGGGGGUGCGCACAGAGCGGGGCAGCUUGACUCACAGAGCCCUACCCGAGGGGCUGGAACAGGCGUGCGCCUGGGCUGGGAGUUAACAGACUGGGACACGGCGCAGGCCCAGCAGCCCUGGGGCAGGCGGAGGUGUGGGCAGUGUCCACUGAGGCCUCUGAAGAAACUCCUGACCAAGCACAAGGGGAGACCCAGACAGGACCUGAGUGACGCGGAUACAGGGCAUCCUGGGAGACCGGGUGGGCCAGUUUCUUGGGGACGUGACGGGGCCUGGGAACGGGAGCUUUGCCUUUUCUCACUCUGUGUCCUGCUCCGAGAGCUGCCCAUCGGGGCUGGCAGGAGGGGUGGGGUCACGCGGUGCCAUUUAUCUUGCGGCGAGCUAGAUAGAGGAUGAAAAAUGAAGCUGGCGUGAUAAGGUGAUGAAAGGGAGGUGGGGGCCAGCUUGAAACACUGCGGUGACUUCAGGGCCCUGCGGGCCAUGUGUGUUUGGGAGACAAAGCCUCGUGUGUCUGGCCCCAGAGCUGGCAGUUUGGCCUUGAGCACAUCCAGAGGGGACAGGUGGGCCUGUGACCUCCCGCAGCUUGUCAGGCGGCCACCUUCCCACCCACUGCCCCAGGGGAGUGAGGUCUCCUGCCCCAGGAGCCAGCUCUAGACUUCUCUCUUCGUCCCUGGGGCUCCCGUCUGACCCCAGCCCCUCACUGGGCCAAGCGAAGUCCAGACCUGGAGAUCGAUGGCUCUGGCCUGAGUGAAGCAGGCCUGGCUGGUUACGUGUAUUUAAAAACUGUCCUACCCUGGCUGGUAUGGCUCAGGGGACUGAGCACUGGCCUGCAAAAUUGAAGGGUCACUGGUUUGAUUCCCAGUCAGGGCACAGGCCUGUGUUGUGGGCCAGGUCCCCAGUAGCAGGCAUGGAAGAAGCAACAGAUCCAUGUUCCCCUCUCUCUAAAAGCUAAAUAAAGCGUUUUUAAAAAAAUUGUCCUCCAUAGAAAGUCACCUAUACGGCCCACUCGUUUCAUUUUGUCAGAGAAGAGAGUUUCCGGAGAAGGAGGGAAGGUUCU